AGUUUAUUUUUGUUAUGGCGGAGACCGUUUAUGGAAGGGAACAAAUGCUCGCAAAAGCGCUGAUUUAGACAUGAUUAUAGUGCGGAAGUUUUAUGGUGAAAAUUACGGCGCGGGACAAGAAAGAGAUCGAAGGCAGCGCGAGGCUCGUCUCAGAAGCAGCCCAGUGGCAGGGCACAGCGAGGUGUUGAGUAGUGAGGUCGUCCCCGUUGAGCCGGUGUGUGCACGGCCCCGUGGUGGUCGGAGUACGGGGGAUGCCAAGUGAUCGUGGUGGGGGUAGUUGAUCGUUGUCGCGAGAGCCAUUUGGAAGAAGAAAAAGGAAAGGAGAAGGAAAAUAUAAAAGUUUUGUUUUUGAGAGUAGUGGUGAAGGUAUAGUGCUCGUUCAAGAUGUCGCAGAUGGAUUUGUUCACGCCGUUACUACAGACGACGGACACCCGCAAGAAGCUGGCCAUAGGCACGGACAUCAUCAAUUACCUUGGCCUGCCUUCCAACAGCAUCGAGUGCGAUGACAUCGGCAUGUUCAUCGACGGCCUCGUGCCAUGGCUGCAGAGUAGCAACUUCAAG